AUGUCGUCGAAGUCAUAUGUUUUUACUGAUGAAAUUUCAAAUGAUUCUGGUGUGUCAUCUGAUACUUCGAGGGAAUCAAUUCAGUUACCUCAAGUUAAAGGGGAUUCUAAGGAUAAAAAGGAGGAAUCAGUUAUGAAUAUCUCAUUAACAAAUGAAGUUAUUGAAGAGGAAACAUUACCUGAUCCGUGGAACAUUACUUUUCAUGCUUCAUCUAAGUCUCAACGUUUGGUUUCUAGAGUCCUACCACCUCAAACACUGGUUUCUGAUGAGUUUCUUGGUAAAAAGAAAAUCUACGGUAAAAGAAAACUGCCAUUAGAACGUCUUGAAAAUGGUAAUCAUGAUGAUAAUGACUACAAAUGCUCGAAACGUUCAAAAAUACAUCUGGAAAGUUCUUCAAAGAUAUCGUCUAUGGAAUUAAUUGGAAAACUUAUUGAGGAGGAUUUAAAUUACAAGGCACCACAACUUGGCAACCCUUUUCAAAUUUCAAAUGAAUUAGAGGUCGGUGGGCAGGGAGAGUAUCCUUCUAAAUUGUUGAAGAACUUAAAGGAGAAGUGCAAUUCUAAGAAUACUUCAACGAAACUUAAGUCAUCUGAAGGAGUUCUCAUAGCUAAGAAGAAUAACAGCUUGAAGGAGAAACUAGACUUCUCAACUGCAUUUGAGUUCGAUACUAAUCUAAAUCAAAGAAUUCAGAAUCUUGGAAAAAGAAGGAUACCUCUUGAUGAUACCAAAGAUGAAUCACCAAAAAGUAAGAAAAGUGGUGGUCUUUACGGGCAAUUUAAACGUCCCAAAUUUUCCUCAAUUACUUCUUCAACUUCAGUUGUAUCGAGUUUUGGAUGCUCUAGUGAUACUUUUGAUACUAAAGUUAAGUAUAGUCUUCCAUUGGUUUCUUUACCUCAAAAAGAAUCCACUGCAUUUGGUAGUAUCUCUGGUGAUACACUAGUCGAAGAGAUGGAUAAACAUGGAAAGAAUUUUGACAAAAAGUAUAUUAUUGUUGAUUGUAGAUACCCUUAUGAAUAUGAGGGUGGUCACAUUAAAGGGGCUGUUAAUUUUUAUGAUCGUGACCAGGUAUCUAAUUUGUUUUUUCCCAAAGAGGAGGAUAAAGCUGCUGAUAUAAAAAAGAAAGUUCCUAUUUUUUACUGUGAAUUUUCACAAAAAAGAGGACCUGGAAUGGCUUCAUCACUUCGUUCUAUUGAUAGAAAAAUGAAUGAAUAUCCAAAUGUUUCAUACGACGAAUUGUAUGUUUUGGAUCGUGGAUACAAAAAAUUUUUUAUUGAAGAUAAGUAUCACAAAUAUUGUGAACCUCCCGGUUAUGUACCAAUGCGUGAAAAAAGUUUUGCCAGUGAACUUGAAAAAUUUAAACACCAUCAUCAAUCGGAUCAUCGUAGGGUAAAGCGUAUUUUAUCUCUUGAAAAAUCUUCUGCCGUUAGAUCUAUCGAAUUUAAAAAACGCUCUUUUAACUUUAAAAGUUUUGAUUAG